CAAACCACUGCAAGGCACCAUUCAUAACAUGGCGAACCAUCUUCGUUUCGUUGCUCGGACUGUGAUGGUUCAAGAGGGCAACGUCGAUGCUGCUUACAAGGCUCUAAACAGGGUGCUCUCUGUUGAUGGAAUUAUAGAAACUGUGAAACGUAAGCGCUACUAUGAGAAGCCCUGUCGACGCAGACAGCGGGAGAACUAUGAGAACUGCAAGAGGAUCUACCAUGCUGAAAUGGCCAGAAAGAUCUCCUUCAUUUCCCGGACUCACAGAGAAGACCCCUGGGUUGGCUGCUAGAUUGAGGAAGAGGGACUCUCCUUACAUCGCGGAGAGAUUUAAGUGAGAGCUCACAGAGAGCUCUACCUUACUGGAAGAUGGAAGGGGAAAGAGAACAUGUAAUUUCCUCCCUAUGAGAACUUUAUUAAGAUGGAUUAAACAAGAUUUCCAUUCCACAAUCAAGGGACUGAUUACAUUGUGGUAAUUCCACCUGGAUUACACUGUGGUAAUUCCACCUGGAUUACACUGUGGUAAUUCCCGCCUGGAUUACACUGGUAAUAAUGAUGUGUUAAAUAAAAUGUUUGUAUUCUCUCA